GGGCGAACAAGAAAGGCAUUUGGUUGCUGAGUGCGGUGAAUUUGAAGAAAUGGUGUUGAAGGAGAUUCCUGCGGACAAUUUUACUCGACCCCUGGGUCGCAAUGAAGUCAUUGGUUUACUGUUCAGAUUGACCAUUUUUGGGGCUGUGACGUAUUUUACCAUUAAAUGGAUGGUAGAUGCCAUUGACCCCACUAGGAAACAAAAAGUGGAAGCACAGAAACAGGCCGAAAAGCUUAUGAAGCAGAUCGGUGUUAAAAACGUGAAGCUCUCAGAGUACGAGAUGAGCAUCGCCGCUCACUUGGUGGACCCUCUGAGCAUGCAGAUCACUUGGGGUGACAUUGCUGGAUUGGAUGAUGUGAUCACAGAGCUUAAAGACACCGUCAUACUUCCUAUCCAGAAACGGCACUUGUUUCAUGGGUCUCGGCUGCUCCAGCCUCCAAAAGGUGUGUUGCUGUAUGGGCCUCCUGGCUGCGGCAAGACCCUGAUUGCCAAAGCCACCGCUCGGGAGGCCGGAUUCCGCUUCAUCAACCUGCAGCCCUCUACCCUGACUGACAAGUGGUAUGGAGAGUCGCAGAAGCUGGCUGCUGCUGUCUUCUCGCUGGCUAUCAAGCUCCAGCCCUCUAUCAUAUUUAUUGAUGAGAUCGACUCCUUUUUGAGGAGCCGCUCGAGCUCUGACCACGAGGCCACCGCCAUGAUGAAGGCCCAGUUCAUGAGCCUGUGGGAUGGCCUGGACACUGACCACCACUGCCAGGUGAUCAUUAUGGGAGCCACUAACCGCCCGCAGGACCUGGACUCUGCCAUUCUGAGACGGAUGCCCACCAGGUUUCACAUUAAUCAGCCAAACCUGAGGCAGAGGCAGGCGAUCCUGAAACUCAUACUGGCAAAUGAAAAUGUGGAUACGACCGUUGACCUAUCAGAAGUGGCCAAGGACACAGACGGAUUCUCAGGAAGUGACCUGCGGGAGAUGUGUCGAGAUGCCGCGCUGCUCUGUGUGAGAGACUUUGUGCAUAACAACCACACUGAGAACAGCGAGGACGAGGACUACAUCCGGCCGAUCCAGCAGCAGGACUUGCAGAAAGCCAUAGGGAAGAUGAAGAAGUCAAAGACGGCCGGUUCGCAGCCCAUGCUGCUGAUGCACGCUGCUUUGGACUGAGCCUCGGAGAGCCGGGCGUGACCGUGUCGCCGGGAAGUGUGUUCUCACUUAGCUCUUCGAGCUGAUUUCAAUUUCAUUUUGUACAUUUUCUUUUUUUUUCGUUUAAUUUUAUUUUAAAAAGAUGGAGCAACACCCGCGUUUCCCUGUCUGGCGGAAACGAGGAGGCAGUGGCGGCCCUGCCCUCCCUCUGAAACUUUGCAAGCACCAUGUGAUCCACAAAGCUCUGAGGAUUCACCCAUCAGCCUCGGGCUUCAUUAAAUGUCGUCUUUCUCACUUUUUUGAGAAUUUUAUUUAUGUUUAAAGUGUGUGUGUGUAAAAAGAUAAGGUGGUUUAUAUUGCACAGUUUCAGCAUUGAACAUGCUAUAAUUUAAGUGGGUAUAAAAUGACAUUGUGUAGCUGACAUUGGCUGCACUCUGAAUUGCUGGAUGGCAGGAGUGCAGGAAAACUGUUAAAGCUCAAGACAAGAUUAGAGACCUUUGCUUUGGUGCAGGUGCAGAACAGACUGGAAGAAUCCUUCCGUUAUUACGACAGUGCCGUCACGGGACAACAGGAAAAGUGUCUGAUACAAAACAUAGAGAUGCUUGAGCUUCUCCAACACAGCCGUGGUAAUAAAACGAGUGAAAUUAUUAGAUUCGUUAGGCUAGUAAUAUUUCUGCUGUUCUUGACUACUUUCAAAGGUGUUCAUUUGUUAAGGAUACUUUUUAAAGUGAAAAAUGAUGCUCAUUGACUUUAUGGUCUGUAAAUUCUAUUAUUUGCACUGUCAGUCCCAUGAAUGCGGUAGGUAAGGAUUCACUUACACAUGAACUUGCAGCGUAUGAUUUUAUGCAAAUGUUCACAUCUUUUACUGUUUACUGUGUCUUUCAUAAGCUCGGUGGAUUAUUUAAAUAUAAUAAACAUAUAAAGAUAUUAUAUACCUGUAUAUAAAUGAGCAUUUUCUCCAAUGUGUGUUGUACUGUGGGAGGUAUGGAAAGAUUAUCCGAUCCAUAAAGCAGCAAAUUCAAAAAUCCUGUGAUACCCACUGGAGUACAUUUGGGUUCAGACUAUUGAUGUUGUCUUAAUGAACUGACCGUUCAAAUAAAACAUCAGUGAGAACAUGAAUUCGGACUUAUUGAAAAGAACAUCUGUUAAUGUAUUGUGCGUUAUCUUUAUUUCUAGUGUCUAUGCUUUUCUCCUUAGCGACUGACAAUUGGGCUUGUACACGAUGCAACGUACAAUUUACCCAUUUAUUCUUUUUUUUUUUUUUUUUUUUUUUAAACUGGAACAAUGCAGGGUAAAGCACCAUGCUCGCAGAUACUGUGGCAGGAGGUGGAAUUUGAACCCGGGCUCUUUCAUUGAAAGAAGAUGGUUCAAACCACAUUCCGCCCCAGUAUGAAUGGUUCUUAGAUUUUCUGGAACCGAUCAUUUAAAACAACCUGUUUGAUAUCAGAUGUUCCUGGGAGAAGAAGUACAGCUCCAGCCUGGUUAUUUUUACUCCCUUCUCCUUGGGCAUCCAUGAAAGGAAGGCAUUGAUUUGGUUGGCAGCAGAGUGCACGUGGCUAAUGGAGGGAGGAGAACAGUACCAGUGUAAAUGCAUGUAAAAGGGAGGCACGAUGCCAAGAAAGGUUGACUCAUGGUGUGGUCUUACAGCUAAAUCCCUGCUCGCACGGUCAUGUUGACAUAGCAAUGUUCACGGUGUAGUCGUCAGCACGACACGGUUAGUCUCCACUUCAGUCUUGGAGAUGUUCGACGUUUGCUCUCACCAGCAGUUUCUGCUUCAAAUUUCACUAUUAUUCCUACUAAUAUGAUGGCUUUAUCCCAGGUGACUGUUAAAUUUAUUUACUCAGUUAUGCAUCAGAGCAUUUUUUUACUGGGUCAAUUCAGAGUAAGUACGGUGAUCGAGGGGUUGACCGCAGGAGUGUUAUUUGAAGGUUCUUUGAGGGUUACAGCCCCUGCCUUUGGACCCAAAGGUCACAGGUUCGAGUCCCACUUGCAGCAGUAGAA